AGCAUUUGACAAGCCCAUGCUCUACUCGGCGCAGUUUUCGCGCAGAGACAGACAGAGAGAGAGAGAGAGAUGCGGCGUUGCAGCGGCAGCGGCAGCGGCCUCCAGCUCGUGUGGCUGCCGCUGGUGGUGGUGUGCUCAUGGCGGAUCGCAGCGGCGCAGACCCAGGCGGCGGCGGCUCCAAGAACCGAUCCAACCGAAGCGGCGGCUCUGAACACAAUCUUGGGGAGAUGGGGCAUAAAGGCUUCGUCGGAGUGGAACAUCAGCGGCGAGCUUUGCAGUGGCAAGGCUUCCGACAAGACCAACUGGGACGACUACCCCAACAUCAACCCGUUUAUCAAGUGUGACUGCUCCUACAAAAACAACUCCGUCUGUCACAUUAUCAAACUGAGGGUAUUUAAGUUAGAUGUUGUUGGUCAAAUACCUAUGGAGCUUCAGAAUUUCACCUAUAUGGAGGACAUGAACAUAGCUUAUAAUUACUUGAGUGGUGGGGUGCCAUCCUUCUUUGGAAAGUUUACUGCCAUGCAAUAUUUGAACUUGGCUUUCAAUCCAUUGUCUGGACCACUUCCAAAGGAAAUUGGGAACCUCACCAAUCUUCUCUCAUUGGGCAUUAGCUUUAACAAUUUUACCGGUAGACUUCCUGAAGAAAUGGGCAACUUGGUGAAACUUCAGCAGUUGUACAUUGAUAGUUCUGGAUUCAGCGGCCCAUUCCCUUCAACAUUCUCAAAGCUUCAGAACCUGAAGAUCUUGAGGGCACAAGAUAAUGAUUUCACAGGGAAAAUACCCGAUAAUUUUGGCAGCAUGAGUAGUUUGGAGGACAUGGCUUUCCAAGGAAAUUCGUUUGAAGGACCGAUCCCAGCAAGUUUAUCUAAUCUAACAAAAUUAACAAACUUGCGGCUUGGUGAUAUCGUAAAUGGGAGCUCUUCAUUGGCUUUUGUCAGCAACCUCACCUCGUUGAGCAACCUGAUAUUAAGGAACUGCAGGAUAUCUGGUAAUCUUGGACUAAUAAAUUUCUCAAAGUUUGAAAAAUUAACAUAUUUGGAUUUGAGUUUUAACAAUAUGACAGGCCAGAUUCCUCUAUCCAUCGUGAAUCUAAGAAAUCUUGAAUUCCUUUUUCUUGGGGACAACAACCUGACCGGAAGCCUGCCAGAUGUGAUAAGCUCUUCGUUAAAAACAUUAGAUUUUUCCUACAACCAGCUAACCGGAGGAUUUCCUUCUUGGGUUAACCAGAACAAUUUGCAAUUGAAUUUGGUGGCAAACAACUUUGUUCUUGUCGGCACCAACAUCAGCACUCUACCUUCAGGUCUAAGUUGCCUCCAACGAGACACUCCUUGUUUCCGUGGAUCUCCUGAAUAUUACUCCUUUGCUGUUGACUGUGGUAGCAAUAGAUCUACGAUUGCCUCAGACAAUACUAUUUAUGAAGCAGAUCCAAUGAACCUUGGUACUGCAUCAUAUUAUGUCACCGAUCAAACAAGAUGGGGUGUCAGUAGCGUAGGGAACUUCUUCCAAGCCACAAAUGCAAUGGAUAGAAUAUAUAGCUCCCAGCAUUUUCAAAAUACAAUUGAUUCAAAACUGUUUGAGACUGCUAGGAUGUCAGCAUCAUCACUGAGGUACUAUGGCCUUGGACUUGAGAACGGAAAUUACACUGUCCUUCUUCAGUUUGCAGAGUUUUCCUAUCCAGACUCACCGACUUGGCUAAGCUUAGGAAGGAGAGUUUUUGACAUAUAUGUUCAGGGUGCACUAAAAGAAAAGAAUUUCGACAUAAGGAAGACUGCUGGUGGAAAAUCUUUUAUUGCAAUUAAUAGGAGCUACACAGCAACUGUGUCAAAAAACUUCCUUGAGAUCCAUCUCUUUUGGGCCGGCAAAGGCACUUGUUGCUUACCUACUCAAGGUCACUAUGGGCCCACGAUCUCAGCAUUAAGCGUCACUCCAAAUUUUACUCCUACUGUGCGAAAUGGGGUGCCAAGAAAGAGAAGUAAAGCAGGUGCAAUUGUUGGAGUAGUGAUUGGUGCUUCAAUUUUAGGAUUAGCAGCCUUGUUUGGAAUAUUUUUGUUGGUAAAGAAGCGAAGAGCAAUAGCACAAGAAAGAAAAGAAUUGUAUAACCUGGUUGGACGACCUGACGUCUUUAGUAGCACUGAACUCAAGCUAGCUACAAACAAUUUCAGUCCACAAAAUAUUCUUGGAGAAGGUGGAUAUGGGCCAGUGUAUAAGGGUGAGCUACCUGAUGGAAGAGUUGUUGCUGUCAAACAACUUUCUGAAUCAUCUCAUCAAGGGAAAAGCCAGUUUGUGACAGAGGUUGCUACAAUUUCUGCUGUGCAACAUCGGAAUCUUGUGAAAUUGCAUGGUUGCUGCAUUGACAGUAAAUCACCCUUGCUGGUUUAUGAGUACCUUGAAAAUGGAAGCCUAGAUCGAGCACUUUUCAGAGACACAGGCUUAAACCUUGACUGGCCAACGCGCUUCGAGAUCAUCUUAGGCAUUGCCAGAGGGCUAACUUACCUUCACGAGGAGUCAAGUGUGCGCAUCGUGCAUAGGGACAUCAAAGCCAGCAAUGUACUGCUUGACACUGAUCUCAACCCAAAGAUAUCUGACUUUGGGCUUGCCAAGCUAUACGAUGAAAAGAAGACACAUAUCAGCACAGCAAUUGCCGGCACACUUGGCUAUCUGGCUCCCGAGUAUGCAAUGAGAGGUCGUUUGACAGAAAAGGCUGAUGUUUUCGCAUUCGGGGUGGUCGCCCUAGAGACCGUCGCGGGUCGAUCGAACACUGACAACUCCCUCGAUGAAACCAAGGUCUAUCUCUUUGGAUGGGCAUGGGACCUGUAUGAAAAGGAGCAAGCUCUAGGAAUCGUGGAUCCAAGAAUGAAAGAAUUCAGAAGGGACGAAGCCCUGAGGGUCAUCCUGGUUGCGCUGAUGUGCACCCAGGGCUCGCCGCACCAGCGGCCGGCGAUGUCGAAGGUGGUGGCCAUGCUCACCGGAGACGUCGAGGUCGCCGACGAGAUGAUCGUGAAGCCGAGCUACGUCACCGCGUGGGUUCACAGGGAUGGGGACAGCGGCUACCUCACGAGCCGCUACCUGAGGUCUACGGACAGUGACUCUCUCACCCAGUCGUCGUAGUCGCAAAGGGAAGGUGAAUGCAGAACUGGGUUGCUGCAGGCAUCAACAUAGAAGCACAGCUCCCAGGUCCUGACGUAUCAUCGGGGUUGCGAUGUUUGAAAAGUCUAGUUUGUGAGCAUUUUGUAGGCCUUGCACCGUGGCACGAAUCCAUUUGGUGGGACUGGACAGGAUGUUGCUUGAUUGUGAGAGUUCAUCCAUGGGCCUCGAGGACCCUGUGAGUUGGUGCCUGUGUUUUUCGUUUCCUUUUUAAAUACCAGAUUUAGUAAUAGCUUAUCCUAUAAUUAAUGUAUCUCUGUCCAUUUCUGGUGUUAAGGUCAUCAUUCAAGCUUUGUAAUAAGGUUUUUCGAUUUGAUGCAAAACUUUGUAAUAAUUAUGUGUAGCUCCGUUUGAAAUUAAGGGCUAAUUAGAUA